GGAGCGGCAACAUGGCGGCUUCGGGAGCUGGUGACCCUCUGGAUGCUAAGCGUGGAGAGGCCCCGUUCGCUCAGCGUAUCGACCCGACGCGGGAGAAGCUGACACCCGAGCAACUGUAUUCCAUGCGGCGGGCGCAGCUUGCCCAGUGGCAGAAGGUCCUACCGCAGCGGCGGACCCGGAACAUCGUGACCGGCCUAGGCAUCGGGGCCCUGGUGUUAGCUAUUUAUGGUUACACCUUCUACUCGAUUUCCCAGGAGCGUUUCCUAGAUGAGCUAGAAGACGAGGCCAAAGCUGCCCGAGCCCGAGCUCUGGCAAGGGCAUCAGGAUCCUAAUCUGGAUGGGUAUUGAUCAUGUCCAACCUGCUGGAGCCCCUUCACAUGGUGGAUGAUGCCCCAUGACCCUGUAGAAAUUGAAUCCUCCUCACAACAUUGUUGGCCUUCUUACUAACCUUGGGCCAUGAUUGAUCCCAAGAAACCAGGGACUUAAGCAUUUGGCUACUGUCAAAAGAACAGAACUUUGCCCACUGC